UGUGCCUUUGAGAAAUAUUCACUCACUCAUGUCACAGCUCCUUCACUGCCACUGUUGACAUCUCCUUCACUGCCGCCGUUGUUGACAGCACCUUCACUGCCACCGCUGUUGACAUCUCCUUCACUGCCGCUGUUGACAUCCCCUUCACUGCCGCCGUUGUUGACAGCACCUUCACUGCCACCGCUGUUGACAUCUCCUUCACUGCCGCCGUUGUUGACAUCCCCUUCACUGCCGCUGUUGUUGACAUCUCCUUCACUGCCGCCGUUGUUGACAGCACCUUCACUGCCACCGCUGUUGACAUCUCCUUCACUGCCACCGCUGUUGACAUCCCCUUCACUGCCGCUGUUGUUGACAUCUCCUUCACUGCCGCCGUUGUUGACAGCACCUUCACUGCCACCGCUGUUGACAGCACCUUCACUGCCGCUGUUGUUGACAGCACCUUCACUGCCGCUGUUGUUGACAGCACCUUCACUGCCACCGUUGUUGACAGCACCUUCACUGCCACCGCUGUUGAUAUUAGUCCUCUCAGCGUUGUUGUUUGGGCCUUAGUUUUUCAAAGGCAAUACAUGUAUUCCUUGUAAGGAUCCAUCCAUUGAACUCCAAGGCAUAUCUACCUCAUUUUAUAUUAAACAUAUAUCUCUCUAUC